UGCAGAAUGAGAUUGCAGGCGACGAUAGUGUUGGUGGCGGCGGCAGUGGUUGGCAGCGCCCCUGUACCGGCACCACCAGCUGAAGACAACUUAGUGGAGCUUCACGAAGAGGGAUUGAUGAUAUUGGUACCCACAGUGCCCAUGGCCAGCAAGGACAAGGACGAGAAGGUGCUGAAGAGAGAUGUCGAAUACGAAAUCAUCACCAUCCCCAAAGAGAUGCUGAAGAGGGAGAUCAGACAAAUCUCUCAGCUCUACGGUGCACCAUCCAGUGCUGCGUCGGGAGGAGAACCCAUCUUCCUUGUUGACGACAGCUCUGUUAAUAACUACGAGACCAAGAGUAUUCUAACUGCAGCACCAACAGUAAGCGCCUCCUACGAUGCACCAGGAAUCAGUGUGACCAAGUCAAUCACCACACUGCCAGCCAAACCAGUCUCUCUGCCGGUCUUGACCCUUCCUGACCUCAGUUCAAUCCUGGCUGGAGCUUCGAGUCUGGCCGGAGGUCUGAGCCAGACACUGACUACUGUGGGAAAAGGAGCGUCACAGGUCCUGUCACAGGUCGUUCCUGCCGCGGCUGCUGGAGGAGUACAGGCUGCCAGGUGGAUAUCUGACAAUAAAUGAGAAGGUAUCAGGGCAGCUACCACGGGACUGCAGUACGCUGGUCAGCUUAGCUCUUCUGUCCUCAGAGUUCUUCUUCAGGUGCCCAGCAUAAAGGCUCGUGUACUGUCAGAGGUAAUUCGUGCCAGUCAGCCCCUGACCUAUGCCAUUAGUGAUGUCCUAGCCGAGUCUGCCGAUGAUUUAGGAGACAUCUUUGCAGCCAAGAAUGAUAUCCUGAGGGAUGCCUUGGAAAUCUUCAUCCGGCUGAUACAAGAUACCCUGGCCCUGAAGGGACGAAUCAUUGCUAAACUCGGUGCCUCUGGGCUGGAUGUUGGUGCCACUGCCUUCAACGCUGGCGUGAGAGUUGGUGGGGCAUUUAUAGAGUCUGCUGGAGGCAUAGCUUCUGCGUUAGGUACAGGAGUCGGAGACCUGAUAAGAGUUGCCUCCACUGCCAACUUCCCACCACCACCUCCCAUCACUUUACCACAGCUCCAGCUGCCUGUCAUUCCCCAGAUCACCCUCCCAUCACUGGACCUGUCUAAAUUUGCUGCUCAGGUCACUCUGGCACCUCUUCCACUGCCUUCUAAGCCUGCAGUCACACCUGCACCAGUCUCAUCCUUGUAUGACUCUCCCUUAUAUACAGUCGAGAAACCAUCUGUCCCUUCUCCGUUAUAUACACCAGGUCGUUAAAUUAGUUCUUGUCUUUUGAACCAAUCAUUUCAUUAAGUUGCCAUUUUAGACUAAUGUACAGUAGUUAUACUGCACUACUUCAGGACUAGCUAAGGCUUUACAUUAAUCUGUAAAGUUAUUAUGGCACUUGUUGAAUUUAACAUGUAUGUAAGUUAUUAAAAGCUGCCUGAUUAUUGGCAUUCAGUAAAGAGAGAGCACCAGGUUUAUUUUAUACACCAAUAAGUCAUUUUUGAUAGCUAGUUACAUUAUAUCUGAAGUGGUUCAGGUCAUAGUGCUCUUCCAUAUUUUAGCUGGAGAUCCACUUCAUAUAUUACUUGCCAAUGUGUUUGUCCACUCAAUUUCACAGGUGAGUACAUUGCUCCUUCACGUGCAUUGCUGAGUGUGAAUAUGGAAUUGCCUCACCUAUUGUCACUCGGUAACUUUCCCUAUAGAAGACAGAUUAUUAUAUUAGUGAACUAGCACUAAACCCAUAUGGGUCAUACACCUAAAUAAAAACUUUGUCUAUGCUACAUCCAGUCAUUGUAUUCGUAGUUUUAUAGACAGCCUAUAUAAAGUUCGUGUCAAUCUGUUAAGAUAACUUGCAUUACAUAGAAUGCAUCUAAUUGCUAAGGACAAGGUAUAUUUAAUGUAUUAUUGUUUAAACUGUUAUUUCAAUUUCUGAAGAGCUUUUGUUAACUUAUUUUUAGUUCUGUUUCAAGCAGCUGGAGAUGAGCUCUGCUUCUGUUGAUGUGUUGCUCUAUAUAUGCAAAUUAUUUCUGAAAGCAUCUGACUAAGUCAAGCUACUAAAGUUUCAUGUCAGGCAGUUGCUACUGUCUCUUUCAUGAAGCACCAGUAAUGUAUAACCCACACGGGUUUAGUGCUACAUUUUUAACAAGGUAAUAAUUACAUGAAACAGCCAAAUAUCAAUGGGCAAAUAAACAAGAUAAUCAGCAACUUAAACUAUUGAUAUAAUUAACCAAAAGUUAGUUUCUAAAAAAAAUAAUAGAAAAGAAUUCGGAUUCCAAAAUGUAUAAUUUUGCUUCUCCACAAAAUAACUUUGGUAACUUAUCACCAUGUUAACAUUUCUUAAAGCAAAAUUAUACUAUAGUCAUAUUACAGAUUUUAGAAGAUGGGCUGACAUACAAAACAGAAGCAAAAUAUCCUGGUCCUGUUGUCUUUAAAAUUAUAAUCACUAUAUAUAUGUUAAUGUUUAUGUCCUCACUUUUCAUAAUCUUUAUUUAAUAUGUAAAAUAUAGUUUUUUCUACAUAUACAUAGACUUGUUUACUUGCUUCACAUUUCUUACCCAAGUAUUACUUUUUCUUAAAUGUUAUCACUUUAUUCCUGUUUGGCUAAUUAUUCACUCCUGCACUGACAAAUACAAGAUACGUAUAACUAUACUGUGUCCUCAGACUGUUGUACUACAAAAUAAACAAGCAUACAUUCAGAGUUACAUGUAUUCUGCUCUGUUUCUAUAUGUAUAUUUUUCUGAAAGAAUGUAAUAUUUGUUAAUACACUAUAUACAGUAUUUCAUAAUUCUCUGUUCCAUACUGUGUUCUCUAGAUUUGUUGUAUUAAUAAUUUAGUGUGUAUUUCUGCAUUAUUUGUUCAUUGGCAGCAGCUAAGGUCAUGUCUCAGAACACAGCCUGCCAACACUUGCCCACAUAUAACACAAGUUAUGGCUGUAUUACCCAUCAUACUUGUCAUGUAUGUAUGAAGUGUGUGUGUGUGUGAGAGAGAGAGAGAGAGAGAGAGAGAGAGAGAGAGAGAGAGAGUGUGAACAAGCAACAUGUACAAGCAAGUGUUGGCUGGUUGGCUACAAGGAAGGCUGAGCUCUGCCGUCAACGGUGCGCGUUACCUACUGUGUUGUGAAGUAAUAAAACUGUUUUUAUCAA